AUCUUUGAUACGGCGGGGAGCUUCGAUACGCUCAAGCUGAGAAAAGAGCAGAUAUACGGCGACAUGCCAGCAAAGGAUGUGACCAAGAAGGAUCCCCGGGCGUGGGAUGCGCUCACUCCUCCACUGUCCGAUUGGACUCUCGGUGCGAUCAAGACGAUGGGCUUCACUCGCAUGACACCAGUCCAAGCCUCGACAAUUCCACUGUUCAUGGGAAAUAAAGACGUUGUUGUAGAGGCUGUUACUGGAAGCGGAAAGACUCUGUCGUUUCUAAUACCAGUAGUUGAGAAAUUACUUCGACUCCAAGAGCCACUAAGGAAGCAUCACGUCGGCGCAAUAAUCAUCUCUCCCACUCGAGAGUUGGCUACUCAACUGCACACCGUCCUGUUGUCGCUCCUUGGUUUCCAUGCCCCGUCAGCAGCAAAGUUGACUCCAUCCGAAGAUGCGAUACCAUUCCCCGCGUCGACACUCUCAGUUGUCCCCCAACUGCUCCUCGGAGGAACAACAACCCCAGCCCAGGACUUGAGCGCAUUCCUCAAGAACAGCCCGAACCUCCUCAUUUCAACGCCUGGCCGCCUCCUCGAACUGUUGUCUUCUCCGCAUGUCCACUGCCCUCAAUCGUCGUUUGAAGUCCUCGUCCUCGACGAAGCCGACCGUCUCCUUGAUCUGGGAUUCAAAGAAGACCUCCAGCGCAUUCUCGCCCGCCUCCCAAAACAACGACGCACUGGGCUCUUCAGUGCCUCUGUUUCAGAAGCAGUUGGCGAAAUUGUCCGUGUUGGUCUCCGCAACCCAGUCAAAAUCGCUGUGAAAGUAAAAUCACUCAGCGGAGAUGAUAAACGAACACCGGCAUCAUUACAAAUGUCCUAUCUCCUCACACGUCCGCCCGAGAAAAUACCCGCAUUACUCUCACUCUUGGAGAACCUAGACCCUAAACCACAGAAAACCAUUGUCUAUCUUUCCACCUGCGCAGCCGUCGACUACUUCCAGCAUCUCCUCAUCGCUGUUCUACCGCCCAACUUCUCUUUGGUUCCCCUCCACGGCAAACACCCUCCUGCCGUGCGCACUAAGAACUUCACUAAAUUCCUCAACUCCGUCACUCCCAUGGUCCUUCUCACCACCGAUGUUGCCGCCCGUGGUCUCGAUAUCCCACAAGUCGAUCUGGUAGUCCAAAUCGACCCACCUUCCGACCCCAAGGCUUUCCUCCACCGUUGCGGCCGUGCUGGACGCGCUGGCCGCAAAGGACUGAGUGUCAUUUUCCUCCAACCUGGCCGAGAAGAGGAUUACAUCCCGUUCUUGGAGAUUCGUAAAACGCCCAUUAGCGAGCUGACGACACCGGAGGUGAAGAUUAGCGAGAAGGAUGUGCGUACUAUAACUGAUCGUCUGCGCAAGGAGGUCUUGGAUGACCGUGCCCUGCAUGAUAAGGGUCAGCGUGGCUUUGUAUCGUGGGUCAAGAGCUACAGCAAGCACACUGCUAGCAGUAUAUUCCGCGUCGCAGACUUGGACUGGACCGAUCUUGGUCAUGCGUGGGCAUUGGUGAAGCUCCCAAAGAUGCCGGAGUUGAAAAAAUGGGACGGAGACAAGUACCUGGGCGUCAAGCUCAACAUGUCCGAGUAUGAGUAUAAGGAUAAGAUCCGCGAGAAGGCACGCAUAGUUGCUAUGGAGGAGGCGAAGAAUGCCGGUCCAUAUGUGCCAACUGCAGAGCAGCUUGCAAGGAAGAAGGAGCGGAGUGCGUGGAGCGCGAAGCACGAUGCACAGGAUCUGAAAGAGGAUAGGAGGGAGAAGAAGAAGAGGAAGAGAGAGGCGGAGAGAGUGGAGAAGAUGACUGCCGAGGAGAGGGAGAAGGAGAACGAGCUGCAAUCAUUAUUAGAGCAGGUGAGGAAGAAGACAAAGAUGGAGCAGAAGGCUUUGCUUGAGUUGGAUAAGCAGGAGUUUAAGGGAUUUGAUUAGUUUAAAGCGUACCUGCGAAUGACGAUACGACGACGCUGUAUAUUUAUUGCGUAAAAAUAUUACCACUUUCAUGGAAUGAGACUGAAG